AAUGAAGAAAAGACCAGGAAGUACAAGCACGCUCACAUUCACAACAAUGGAGUCAAGCACAGAUGCGGUUCCUCAGAAAAUGUUUACUUGCCAUUUGUGCAGUUUAUCUACACCAUUCACAUACUACGGACAGAAGCCACCCAAUACCAGGGCUAUUGUCUUGUUGGAAGAGUGUUUUGUGACCAAGGAUCCUUUCAGUCCAGACGGAGAGAGGUUCCUUAUCCUGGGAUCCAACUGCAGUUUGUGCCACAUCACAGUUUGUGUUGGAACGGGCUGCAGCCUUUUCUACUCCAAGCGAUUCUGCAUGCAGUGUGUGAACAAACACUUGGACCAGUUCCCCCCUCACAUUCAAGCUGAGCUCGCCAAGAAAAACCAGCCAUCAAAGACAGAUGUUUCAUGAUUUCUAUAAGACACAUAUUAAAGACUCUGGAGGUACUUCAGGAAGGAAAAUAUCUAGCCUUUCAAUUAGAAGAUAUCCCUCAGGGUUGUGGCUAGCGUGCUUGCCUUGGUCAGGUGACCCGGGUAGUAUUCCCACUUAGUGCGAUACUCUCGUGAUAUACCCCGCUGGAAUAGACACGUUUCUGUUUUGGGAGAAAUGGUUGGAACUGAACAUAACUUCUGGAUCACAUAAGGGAUUCUACUUGGUGUCAUACAGUUUUACCACUAGAUGUCAGUAAAGACUUACCAGACUGAAAAUGACAGUUCAUUACAUCCCUCAUUCACAGCAGCUGAAUACAAGGAGUCCCAACGUCAAAAUAUAUAAUGUACCUUGUUUAUUAUUUCAGUAUAACAUGGAAAAAUUUGACAAUAUGUUAAAAAUAUACUACCAGAAAUACAUGUAGUUUGCACUUUAUGAAAUAUGCUUUGCCCAAGCAGUGAUAGAAAUGCUAUUUUUCUAUAGAUGACCUCAAUGUUUAUAAAACAAGAUGCACUGACUUGUUGACCUUGAAGAGUAAAUGAGAACUCUCUGCUCCCAAGGAACAUUCUGUGUAUGCCUCCCAAAUGGCACCCUGGCUGAAAGUAGUGCGCUAAAUAGGGAGCCAUUUUAGACAAAACUUAAAUUGUAUGUGUCCCAGUGAGGGAACUCCAAGUACAUAGGCAAUUGUAACCACUAAACUGCAGUGAUAGUCAGAUUGUGUCAAAGGCAGUUGAUGAUAGGCGAGCUGCCAACUAUGAUGGAAGGCAUUUAACACUGAGGACAUGUCACUCCGGACUGGAAGCAGAUUUAAAAAGCACAAACAAAAUGGAGAUAUUGGAUAUGUUGAACCCUGAACUCAACAUUGCCAAAGCAGGACCGGUAUAAUUCCACAGAACCUUUCCCUCUCCCAGCUCUUUAGGGAGACCAUUCCAAACAAUAAUCUCCUUCCCUUGUUCCAAAAACUGACACAAAGUGUCAUUCUAUGACCGAUCACAAGAGACUAAUCCCUUCUUUUGUCAUAAACCAAUAAAAAAUGAAUA